GGGGGUUGGCAAAAUAUCCGGAAGACAGACGGGAGAAACUAAACAGAUUUUUUUUCCCCCAUGCUUGUCGAAGGCGCGGUAAUAAUACCUGUGUAAAUGGUCGACUGAGCGUAUUCAAAGCUCAUUUGUCCCUUGAAAGUCUCAAUGAGGAAACAGCGAAAGAAAUAAACAAAGUCCCGGGUGACAAGAGCAACAGAUCCUCUUUACCGUUCAUUACAUCCUCGCAAAGGUGACAAGAGAAGACGAUACUCGGCUGAAGCGUGGACACAGCAGGUAAGACCUGUCUACGAGACGGUGAAUCAUGAGAUUAACAGGCCCUCUGAGAGUUGUGGUUGUGUUGUUGUUGGUGGGGCUCACGUGGCUGCUGGCAAACACUUUAUUUGGAGGGGAGAGUGGUUCAUCUAUGCGGCAUUUCUUCAGCGGGGCAAGUGAGGAACCAACACCUGCUGAACCCCGCCCUCGCAGGUAUAAAUGUGGACUUUCGGCUCCUUGUCCGGCAAAACAUUUGGCUUUCCGCCUGGUGUCUGGUGCUGCCAAUGUCAUCGGCCCCAAAAUCUGCCUGGAGGACAAGAUGUUAGUGAGCAGUGUGAAGAACAACAUUGGCAGAGGACUAAACAUAGCUUUGGUGAAUGGGGUAACAGGAGAGCUCUUGGACACUAAGACCUUUGAUAUGUGGGCAGGAGAUGUUUCUGACCUGUUGAAGUUUCUACGGCCGCUUCAUGAAGGAACACUGGUGUUUGUGGCUUCCUUUGAUGAUCCAGCUACAAAGCUGAAUGACGAGUCUCGGCGACUGUUUGAGGAGCUUGGGAGCACGGCAGUGAAGGAGCUGGCCUUUAGAGACAGCUGGGUGUUUGUGGGAGCCAAGGGCAUCGAGAACAAGAGUCCUUUUGAGCAGCGUAUGAAGAACAGUAAGAGCAGCAACAAGUAUGAAGGUUGGCCCGAGUCUCUGGAAAUGGAUGGCUGUAUUCCCCUCCGGCCACCCCUGGAAGGAUAACUCUGCCCAGUACUCCCUGACAUACACACUAACACCUGGAGUAGCAGCAGUGGAUCCAAAUAUGACUAUUAGAAAGCCAAGGGCCUGCUGAAUGACUGAAACCAAGAUUUGGGCCACAAAAAAUUUGUUUUCCUUCUCAUGGCAGAGACAUGAACUGACUUGAAAGAUUAUCUUGGGACUUGAUGUAUUUGAAAAUUGCUGGAACCUGUGGUGGAAGAUUUGUGAAUUAAGCUUUGUGAGCCACCUUUGAGCUGACAUCAUGUACAAAUAAGGAAAAGUUUUGCGUCAAGUUGAGGGAAACUCGAGAGGCCAAAUGUUUGAUUACCAAAGUGUAACAGCGACUAGUGAAUGAAUACAGCUGGAGUAGGUCUUCCAAAGCCAUUGUAGGAAAUGGAUAUAUUUCCUCUCUUCAAGCCUGCCUGUAGGGUGUCAGUAUUGUGUGCUUGAACAACAGGAAUAUGAGGCGUUGAAUACUUUUGAAGUUCAGCAAGCAACAGACAUACCUAACUAGUUUCACUCUGAGGCACUGGGAAACCUAAUCCACAUCAGCACAAGGAAAACAUUUGAGGUACUCUAGUAGUUUAACAAGUUCUACUUAUUUCCUGGUCUGUGUGCAAAUUUUAUAUUUAAAUACAUUAAUAUAUUUUCAUCCUGUGAUAUAUAUAUAAAAUUCAGUGAUAUUGUUAUGCAUAGUGUUAGCUGCAAGUGUUUCCCUAGAACUUGAUGCGCAGCACUUAUUGCUUGCCUCGUGUUUACAGAUUUGUUUAUACAAAUUUAGCCUCAGUUAUUUUCCUUUGAUAAACCUAUUUAUUUUAGUA